AUGCCCGCCCCUGCACGGGCAAACACGGCUAUUCCUGCCGCCGCCGCCGCCAGGCGCUCAGGUUUGCGCCAGCCGACUCGACGAGCUGGAUCCACGGUCCCUGAUCGUCAGCCCACGCCCUCCGCUUUUGCCAGACCAACUGCGCCUUCCGCUACACGUCCGCAGAAGCCAAACGCAGAACAGCCCACACCAAUCAGCAAACGAAAAGAUAGGGAGUUCGAACGGGAGAUCAACGAGGACACAAGCAUCCAUGUGGUGGUGCGAUGUCGAGGGCGCAAUGAGCGCGAAAUCAAAGAGAACAGUGGAGUUGUGCUGUCUACGGAGGGUGUGAGCGGCAAAAAUGUUGAUCUGUCUAUGGGUCCGAAUGCAGUAUCAAACAAAACCUAUGCGUUUGACAAGGUCUUUUCGCCUGCCGCUGAUCAGACAAUUGUGUAUGAGGAAGUUGUGAUGCCAAUAUUGAAUGAGAUGCUCGCAGGAUAUAAUUGUACAAUCUUUGCGUACGGACAGACUGGGACAGGAAAGACCUAUACGAUGUCAGGAGACAUGACAGAUACACUGGGUAUCUUGUCAGAUGACGCUGGUAUCAUUCCACGGACCCUUUAUUCUCUUUUCCACAAACUCGAAGACACCGAAAGCACAGUGAAGUGCUCAUUCAUCGAACUGUAUAAUGAGGAGCUUCGAGAUCUCCUUGCCGCCGACGACAACACGAAACUGAAAAUUUACGAGAACGAGAAGAAGGGCCAUCUCGGUACCUCUGUCCAGGGGAUGGAGGAAACAUAUAUCGACUCGGCAACCACAGGAAUUAAGUUGCUGCAAAUGGGUAGCCACAAGCGUCAGGUUGCGGCCACCAAAUGCAAUGACCUGAGUUCCCGUAGUCAUACCGUCUUCACCAUCACAGUCCUGAUCAAGAGAACCACCGAAUCUGGCGAAGAAUACGUGAGCUCAGGCAAACUCAAUCUGGUCGACUUAGCCGGUAGCGAGAACAUUGGCCGCAGUGGUGCCGAAAACAAGCGAGCCACCGAAGCGGGUUUGAUCAACAAGAGUCUCUUGACUCUGGGUCGGGUCAUCAAUGCACUUGUGGACAAGAGCUCACAUAUCCCAUAUCGCGAGUCAAAACUCACUCGCUUGCUGCAAGAUUCCCUGGGUGGUCGGACGAAAACAUGCAUCAUUGCGACAGUCUCGCCCGCCAAGAACAACCUGGAGGAGACUAUUUCAACACUGGACUACGCGUUUCGGGCCAAAAAUAUACGGAACAAACCCCAAAUCAACUCCAUUAUUUCGAAGAAUAAGCUGCUACGGGAGAUUGGCAUGGAAAUCGAAAAGCUCAAGAGUGAGCUGAUCGCUACGCGUCACCGCAAUGGUGUAUAUUUGACACCCACUGCUUAUGAAGAACUUACAAUGGAGAGCGAAUCCCGAAGGAUUGUGAAUGAAGAACAACGGGCCAAGAUAGAGUCCAUGGAAUCCAGCCUGCGGCACAAGGUGCAGGAACUGUUUGCGCUCACAGCCAAUUUCAACACUUUGAAGCAAGACAACGAGCACACACAAACCAAGCUAAAAGACGCCAGAAACAUCCUUGAGAAAACCGAAUCAGCACUCAAGAACACAUCCGAGAAGCUGGAUGAGGAGACUGUUCUGAGGAGAGCCCACCAAGCUACGGAAGAGAAACUUCGCGACGUCGGUGCCACCUUGUUAUCGAGCCUAGACACCACUGUUGCGGACAUCUAUGGACUACACGCAAAAAUUGAUCGCAAGAACAAUCUAGAUCACGAGAAUCGUCAAAUGUGGGAGGAUUCCACUGGCCAAGUCACCGAUGUGACUCAACAGAUAGACGCACGCAUCGGCAAUUUCCAAGCCCAGCACGCGGCUCUUCUCACGAGCAUGUCAACUAAGAUCGACCAGUUCGUUAGCCAGGAACUCAAUGCUGUGCGAAGCACUCGAUCUCAACUUGAGCAAUUUGCACAUUCAUUCGACAAAGUCGAGCUAAAUGCGAAGAAGCAGGCUCAUAGUGCCCACGACGAAAUGAAUGAGGUUCUUGAGGAAAUCAAAAUACUCAGAGAGGACGUCAAGACCAAGGUAGGCGAUGGUCUUAAUGGCCUAUCAGCCGCUGCUGGUCGUAUCUCCAAGGAAGUUAUUGGGGAGUUCACCGAGUUCCACUCGCAGCUCCAUGCGUCAUAUAGUUCUCUCGGCAGAGACGUCAAGUCAAUGUUUGAGCAGAUGAUCUCGCAUAUUAAUCAACAAAAGAGUGAGAUCAACAAGCUCAGACUGGAGCUUCAGGAUGCCAAUCGCCAGUCAGUGGAGGCCAGUCGAAAGGCAUCCUCAAGUCUGGCCCAGGUUAUGGAGGAAGAGCAAGCGGCUGCUAAGGGAGAGCGGGAUAUUUUGAUGUCACAGAUCAAGGCUCUAAUCGAAGAAUCGAACCAGCGCCAAUCUGCACGUCUGAGGAGCAAGUACGAUGUCGUGCGAACUGACAUUUCCGCGGCUGGUGAUUCCCUGGAGCAUGCCACAGCUCAGUACGACCGCCAAAUCGAUGAGUGGAUUUUUAAGGAAGAGCAAUUCGCCAAAGACGUCAACGCGUCCAAGGAUGAGAUGAAAACUAGGAUGCAGCAUGAUUGGGAGGCUUUCGAUCAACGCAAUAUUACCAUUCAGCAGGCAACAGAAUCUGUGCACCAAGAAACGGUGCGGAUUGUGGAUGCCCAAAUGGAGGACAUGAGCAAGCAAAUGGGAGCUCUUGAUGACUUUGUCGCUACAGCUCGGUCUCACAAUGGUCGCUUCCAUGAGGCGCAGCUUAGCAGUUUGGAUAACUUGGCCACCAACGGCAGAAAUUCACGCGCUGUCAUCCAGGACCAACUGGACAGCCUUGAAGAGCAGGUGGCCCGACUUCAGGAAGACAUUGAGAUGCAUACGGACGAGCUUGGGCAGGCUACUGCCCCUCUCGUGGAAGAAGUGCGACAGCCUCUCUCCGAUCUGCGGGUUCACGUUCAGACCCAUGCUAUCAAGGAGUACGUCCCAACGGGAGCGACUCCCAAAAAACGCAAGUAUGAGUACGGCACAGAUUUGCCCCGUACGGAAGCACAUGACGGCAUUCGUACUCGACAUAGAACAUCGAAGCAGUUUACAGCGCUUCCAUUCAGUGAGGAGCCCGAAGAAGCUCCCAAUCCAAGCUCGCCAAUGUCUUCGCCAUCCAAAGGAUUUGUCUAUAGCGACGCCGCGGAAGAGGUAGGGAUUCACCAUCCGCCAUCCGCAAUCAAGUCUUCCAACAAUGGCCUUAGGGAAGUCGAUUUAAACGUCGCCAAGUCCAUCGCGCAUCACGCAGAUGAUGAAUCGGAGCUUGCCCACAAACCUGAAACCCCUACACUCCCACUUUCCGUGGAUCUCGACAGCACGCCCGACCACGACGAACCUGAGCAGCCGCCUCAGAAGCGCCGUCGAUCUGCCUCGAGUAACCCUCCGACAGAAUCCAAAUUGCCCCCCAAAAUGGCGUCUAGGAGGAUGACUGGUAUGAUGGAGGGCAGAGAAAAUGUGCGCCCGUCAGGCAUUGCUGGAGGGCGCAGAUUUAGGCCUCGCAACGCAGAAUGA